CCUCCAUUCAUGCAGGAAAUGAGCUCUGGUUUGGAAAAGGUGACAAUCUGAUGGUGGAAAGUCUGACCUGUAGGGAGAGUGAUGGAGCACUUCCAGCCCUUCCAAGAGUUGUGCCAAAUUUUCCACUGCAAGCCGUUAUAAUAAGAACCUCAAGACAUCUACAAAAACGUCAUCAUGGAUGUUCUUUAUUGUUUUAACCAACAAAUCACCCGUUAACCACACCUGCAUAUUUUGAUGUAGCAAUAUGGAACUAUUACAAUAUGCCUCCCUCUUGGAGAGGACCCAGUUAGCAGAAGAGUGGGAAAUAUGCUUUGCAUAUUUUUCUACAGAUGUAAACAGAGUUCUGUGACAUCUGAGACAAGAAACUGAACCAUAAUAGAUUUACUCACAAACAUUUGUCAGCUUUUAAGAAUUGCUCAAAAAUCAAUAUGGAGAAUGUUAAGCCCUUGUACACUUGCAAUACAACUGUUAUUAACAGUAUAGAUACAGUUGGAAAGACACAUGGAAAUGAGAAAGCCAGAGUGAGAGAUGUUCCUGAAUAUCACUGUAAGAUUUGUAUGAAGACAUUCUCUUCAGAACAUGAAGUCUUCAAACAUAAAGAAAUACACUGUAAGAAGAAACCAUUCCAUUGUGAAAUAUGUGGGAAAUCAUUUAGUGCUAAUAUUCAUCUUUUAGUUCACAAACGUAGUCACACUGGAGAAAAACCAUUCCAGUGUGAAAUGUGUGAGAAAUCUUUUGUCUCUAAAAGCAUCCUAACACAACACAGAAGAAGACACACUGGAGAAAAACCAUUCCAGUGUGAAAUGUGUGAGAAGUCUUUUGCUUAUAAGCAGGAUUUAAUGACACACAAAAGACUACACACUGGAGAAAAACCAUUCCACUGCGAAAUAUGUGAGAAAUAUUUUGUCAGUAACAGUUAUCUGAAAAGUCACCAAAGAAUCCACACCGGAGAAAGACGCCAUCAUUGUGAGAUAUGUGGGAAAUCUUUUCUCUUUAGGAGUCACUUAAAUACUCACAAAAGUGUCCACACAGGAGACAAACCCUUCCACUGUAAAAUGUGUGGAAAGAAUUUUGUCUCAAACAGUAAUUUAACAGCACACAAAAAAAUCCACACUGGAGAAAAACCUUAUCACUGUAAGACAUGUAGGAAAUCUUUUGUUUCUAAUAGCGACUUAACAAGACAUAAGCGUACCCACACUGGAGGAAAUCCAUUCUGUUGUGAGAUAUGCGGAAAGUCUGUUGUUAAUAAUUCUCAGCUUGUAAGCCACAAACGUACCCACACUGGAGAGAAACCAUAUCGUUGUGAUGUGUGUGGAAAAUCAUUUGUUUCUAAUGGUAAUUUAACGAAGCAUAAAACUAUACAUAGUGGAGAAAAACCGUUCCAUUGUGAAAUAUGUGAAAAGUCGUUUUCCUCUAAUUGUGAUUUAGUGAAGCAUAAAGUUAUACACAGUGGAAAAAAGCCCCAUCGUUGUGAGAUGUGUGGAAAAUCUUUUGUCUACAACAGUUCAUUGAUAACUCACAGAAAAAUACACGCCGGAGAAAAACUUUAUUGGUGUGACAUUUGUGGGAAAUCGUUUAUCACAAAUAGUAACUUGAAGAGACACAAGCAAAUUCACACAGGAUAAAAGACGAUGUUAACCAUUUAAUAUUCAGGUUACUCUGUCAAAUAUAAUACUUCAUAAUUGCACUCGGACAUAAAACCUGUUGACCACCCAAACAGACCCAUGGAUUGGUGGGUUGUCGUUCGAGUGGUACAAAGGCAUCAUCCCUGAGAAGUAGUUGGGAACCACCAAUGAAUGGUGGGUACAGUAACACGCUGUAUGGUGCUUGCCUCCAUACUACUACUACUACUACUACUACUACUACUACAACAAAUACAAAUGUGGAAAAAAUAUUUGGCAUACAAAAUUUAUAAAGCGAAAUGAGCAAAACAGUCUAAACUUAGAAACACCAAAGGAAACUUUGAACGUCAAAUAUGGACUUAAAUGAAGUGUUAAAUAUUGUAUUGAUUGAUUUUAACUCCCAGGCGAACUGUUAAAGAUAACUGGAUCCAUGAAUGGUUAGAAAUCGUGAGAAACUGCUGCUGCUUCUAAAUCUUCCAAAAUAUUAUGGAGUAAAAAUAAAAUGUUAAUUUCAUUUCAAUUUAAUUACAACUGAAAUUUUUACUAUAAAUUUACACGUAUUCGUGGGAUUUUA